CGAUUGGUAGGACGGUUUAUACGCAUGCGAACUCAGACUUCCGGUAACAAACAGGAAGUAGAAAAUAAAGAAAAUAAACAAUUUUUGACAUUUUGAUCAAAUAAUUAGAUGUAAUGCCAUCACGUACUGAAGGAAGGGAGUCAAGUUCCAGGAGAAGUAGAUCCAGACGCAACCGAAGUCGUCACCGAGAUCACCAUCGUCACCACAGAACGAGGAGUAGAAAUAGAGUAAAACAUGGAGAGAAAAACUUUGCCGCAGCAGUUUGUAAUAUGCUCGCUAUUGUUCUUAUGUGUACUUCAUUGGCUGAACCGAAAUGGAUAAACCUUCGUGGAGGUGGCUGCAUGGUGGAGAAUGAGCCAUUAAACCAUUUAGGGGCUUAUCAGUUCUUUUUUCCGGGGAAGUUUCUUUCUCAAGAACGUGAUUUUACAGAUGAUUCAAUAACACAUGUUGUAUACCAGUUUGGACCAAAUAUCAAAGAUAAAAUGGACAACUGUGUUACAUACAAGGCUGCAUUACUUAUGAAGACAGUGAUUGCUUUUUGUUUCCUCGCCAUUAUAUCAAGUCUGGUGGCCUUUAUACUUGAUCUCACAUCACUAAAAAACAGACCCUGCAAACUUUUGCAAAGAAAUGCAAUUCCAAGUAUUAUUACUGUGAUAUUAAGUGUAGUGAUAAAUUUAUUCUGUUACUGGCUGACAACUGAAGUUGAAACACUACAGAAAGAGACAAAAGCUCAUCCUGGCAGUAAAGUGCUUAUUGACUUUGACAUUAGUUUCUAUCUUGUAACAGCUGGAGGAGGACUUAGUGUUAUUGCAACUGCAUUCAACUGCUUAAGACGUCACCCAGUGUAUGAAGACAAUCAAGGGGAAUCACUCUUAGAUGAUUAUGAAGGAAUGGAUGUGUUACCUCCCCCUAUCCCUGAACCACCACUGCUGAAUCUCCCUCCACCACCAGCAUAUACCCCUUAAAACAAUUAUGCAGAUCUGACCUUAGUAGACCUUUUUUCUGUUUUAAUAUCUUAUGUUUGUCAUAUUGCACUGUUCACAGAAGAAAACAUAGAUAUUAAUCAUAAUCCAUUGAAAUAUUUGUUGUUGUGUGAAGAUAUAGAAUAUGUAUAGAAAAUAUAUAUAUUUUAAA